AUGAAGUCCUUCCCACAGUUGAAAUAUUACUGCAUCAUUGCCGGCAGAGACACGGGGAUCUACUUAACAUGGGACGAGUGCGAGGAACAAAUCAGCAGCUUCAAACAUCAGAAGCACAAGUCCUUCAAUAAGCUGCCUGAUGCACUGAGGUAUUACAUACGCAAGGGAGACGAAGGACCAGUAGAGAGUUUCGACGCGCUGCAGGAAGAUUCGCCCACACAGGCUUCCACUCACACUCAGCCGCCCACGCAGGCUUCUUCUCAUUCUCAGCCACCUGAUGCAGAUUCGGACGAUGAUGCAGUUCGCACCCUCAUAACAGACUUAAGCCUUGGCAAGGAGAUAAUCCUUGACAUACCAGCAACACCUGUUACUGCAAGAUGA